UGCCGCCUCCCCACUUUCCCUUCGCAUCAGACCACUUAGUGUAGUGUCUGCCUCCACCAUCGUGUUCAGUUCCUGAACCGACUCUUCUUUUCUGCGCCCCCGGAGAGACAGGAUGCUUAGGGGGAUGUUUCUCCUUCUGACAGCUUCUAAGUGCAUCUGAGAAAGCAAGGAAAAAGGGGGUGAGGGAAAGGGAGAAAUGAACCAAUUUCAGCAGGGGACAUUAUUGCUGCUCUUCCUAUUCCUGGAGUAUUCAGAGGCCAAAAAGCAGUGCUGGUACUUUGAAGGGGUGUAUCCUACAUAUUAUAUAUGUCGCUCCUAUGAAGAUUGCUGUGGUUCAAGGUGCUGCGUGAGGACUCUUUCUAUCCAGCGACUAUGGUAUUUUUGGUUCCUUCUGAUGAUGGGAGUUCUCUUUUGUUGUGGGGCAGGUUUCUUUAUCCGAAGGCGGAUGUAUCCCCCACCGCUGGUUGAUGAAACAACUUAUAACGUGUCGUACACCCGACCACCUAACCCCAAUGCAGCAGGAGCACAGCAGCCUGGAAUGGCUUACUACACAGAUCCAGAAGGAGCACUGAUGAACCCCAUGGCUAUGACCUACCACGUCCAACCUAAGUCUCCACAAGUGAACCCAAUAUACCCGCCUCCACCUUCCUACUGCAACACCCCACCUCCACCAUAUGAGCAGGCAGUGAAAUCUUCCACAUAACCUCUCUGCUGCAGUGUUUUGUGACUUGGGCAGGAAGGAGCAGUACCCGCGAACGGCGGAAAAACAUGUUAGUGCUCCAACAUCCUUUGCUCACCUCCCAAUUAGCAUCAUUCAGGCAGGAGUGGUGGAUUUGCAGCAGGGAGCAACCUAUCUUCUGACACCUUCAAAGCAAGAGGAAAAGUCAUUUUUUGUGCUUUUUAUUGAAAGCCUCUAUUUAACCCUUUUAAUUUAUUCUCUUUGUGGUUCCAAGAUGUACAUUAACACAUCGUGGUGUGGCACAGUAUGGUGGUAAGCACAAAACCACGUCCACCAGUCUAAAAGUCCUAGAGCUGGUUGUGGUAUUUUCAAUGUGGAAAAAAGAGGGAGAGAUGGCAGAGACCUGGCACAAGAGGAAGCUGCUGAACCAGUUGAAACAAGGAGGAGGACGAGCUGCGUUUGUUAAUAAACGCAGAGCAGUAGGGAAGGACUGGAUGAAGCAGACUUGGAGAAACUGUGUUAAGAUGAUGUGUAGCAACUGUUUUCACGUUGGAACGAGAUCUAUCCCUCUGUUUCUCACACAGAUUUAGCGUGGAACAGGGUUAUGCCAUCGCCACUUUUGGUCCACCUUUGGCUUCUUAAACCUGGCUUCAUUUUCUUUCCACUGAUGCUUUGUGGGCGACGGACGGGGUGGUGGUGGUUGCCAAGAACGAACAUUGUAUUGUACUGCCGGCGAUGUGAAUGUCAUGGCGAACUGUUGAUUUUGUGUGGGGAGAAAACUUGCUGAGGCGCAACAGUGACGUGUCCAGGUGUAGUGACAAAAAACCCCGGUCGCUUAGAAAAAAAUCUCUUACCUAAAGAGAAUUUUCAAAAUAUAAAAAGGGGGGGGGGUUGCUGUUUGCUCUAGGCCCCUUCGCAUGAUACUGUUUAGGCACAUGCCAAAAAUCUUUUAUGCCGACUCCUAUAAAUGUGAGUGUGAAGGUCUACUCACACGGAUGGAUUCAGCAGGAAGUCGUGAUUGGCUGUAGUGGCCCGGUGAGUGUACACACUUGCUGGCAAACUUGGGUUUGCCAUUGUGCAAUGUGUGAAAUGGACCUUCAUUUAGGCUUGAAUGUUUAGUAUACCUCCUCCAUCUUCUUUUCAGUCUUAUAAUAUUUUUUUAGCAUAGUGCAAUCUCCUCAAGGUGACUUUUGCUCCUCAUUUUCAUCUGGUGACUUAUCUAUUCCAAAUGAACUUAAGUGUAAGACCUGAGAUUUAUCAGACAUUGGGGAGUGACUGCCAAGUUCCCUAGGAUAUGAGGAACACUUCUUGUAGGAAUUCAGACCGCUUGAAAAUGACAGGUAAAAAUCCCCUCAUGAGGAGUUUAUCCAUCAAAAAGGAAUAUGAGACUCUGUCCUCCGUUGUUCUGCUUGUGAGAAGAUAUUUGUCUUCCAUUGUUGUGCCCUUCAGUUCUUGACAUUUCUACUUCUCAGUCCCUCAGUCUAUUGCCAUUGCAGAGCAGAUGAGACUUUGUGAGGAUUUCCAGAUUUCCCCUUUCGCAUUAUGUCUGCUGCUGAACUAGGAGACAAGACAGUGACAGAGCCUCUCCCUGGCCCCUUUGUUCACUCUGAAGCAGCUGGAUGUGCUAGUUGAGGUGUGCUUUAUAGCAGGCAGAGGGAUGGCGUGCAAAGGAACGGGGAGGAAAACCAGGACCCACUAUUAUGUUUCCCAGUCUUUAUUUAAAGUUAAAUGGGGAAUCUCCAGGUUGCAAUAUGCAGAAUGUUUAGGGACAUUUGUGAGGUAACUCUCCCUGUUUUAGAAUAGCCUAUAGUUAUUGUUGAAGGUGUUGAGGACAGUAUUCAAAGCAAACUUUGCUUUUAACUCACUCAGAACUUUUUAAUCCACUCAUAGCGCAUGUCAAUUGUACUCUUUCGAAGAAAGUUAGGAGUUCUUCAUACCUUACAUUUUUAGGCAUAUAUCUAGGCUCUCGUAAGUGUCUAUCUAAGAUCUGUAAAGUGGUUGUACCAAGCAAAUGUGGUUGCCAGUACAUGUCAUUAUACAAGUACUUUUACCAAGUAGCCAGGAUCAACUGACUUGUCAGACCCAGGUUUCUCCGUGUAAUGUGUAAAAUUGCCCUAUGGUUGUAAUCCUAAAUCCAAUAACUAGGAAGCAAGUCCCAUUGAAUUUAGAAUGAUUUGCUUCUGAGUAAAAUUGUUCAGGAGGGUGCAGUAAAUAUUAAUUUCUAGAUUAUUGAAACUUAGCAUCCAUCAAGAUAGUCUUUAAACUGGACUGGAAUAAUGAGAUCGCUUCAGCUUUUGUUUGCGGAUGUAGCCCAGAUGGGCCUCUUGAACAUGAAUUUUACAGCUUCUCAGCUCAAACCUUUCAUUCAAAAUGGCUGUUUUAUGUACUCUUCCCCAAAUGUCUUUGAUGGUUCUAGUUACAGUGGCAAUUAAAAAAAAAAUCCUUCUGAGCUAUUGCCACUGUAAGUUGUACACUGUGAAGUGUCUGUCUACUUCCUUCACAACUCCAGCAUCAACAUAUCUUUACACCUUUCUUAGACUUUACUCACUUUCUCAUUUGUGUAAACCUACUGGCAGGACCAGAGGCAUCAAAAUAUCAAUUGAGGUGGUCUGUAGACUCUGUUUGGCCUGCAGAACUUCCAUUCUUGAUUAAAGACUUGUAUAUUAAAGUGUAUGUGGAGAUGCUCCUUUUGAAAGAGUAGACUCAACUUACGUACAGCUGCAGUUAAUUAGGAUAAUUAGAUUUUUCAAUGUCAUUUGAGAAAGAACCCAAUAUUGUUGAGGCCUUCUUCAACACAGAACUCAUUGCAACUGGAAUUUGACCUUCUUGGUUUUGUGUAACUUCAGUUAGAUUCUUCCUGAGAGUCACUGAAAUACUGUUCUGACAACAUUGAGCAAACCAUAAGCUCCAAACAUCAUUAGAAUAAUUUGACUCAAGGAGAACUUUGGGUAUGAUCCUGCCAAAAUUAAGGAGUAUUAAGUACCAUUGAUUUCAAGAGGAGAGUUAAGGGCCUUAAUAGACCUGCCGGCUUACGCCGGCAGGGAGGCGGGGCCGAGAUGCGCAUCCCCCACGCUUCCACACGCACGACGCGCAGGGACGUUGAGUCCCUGCGGCGUCCGCCAUUUUGUUGUUAUUGUUGUUAAAGGGGCCGGUUGCGGCCCGAAGACG